AUUGUACUCGGUUAAUUGAUAAAUAUCUUAUAUUUAUUAUCAUGGAAGCUUUGUUACCUUCGGAAAUAGCUCGAUUAGUGUUUGGAUAUUUGGAAGAAAAUGAGUGCAAUGAGGCUGCAAGAGUAUUCUUAGAAACAUCUCCACAUCUUCAAGAAUGUCGGAAUGUAUUAUCAAAAGGAAGGCGUUUUAAUACUCGUAUAAAUGGAUUAUCAUUAAUAGAUAUUUUCGAAAAAUAUUCAGCAAUGAGCAUUAUGAUAGAGGAACGUUUGAACAAAAUCACAGAUAACGAACACGUAAAACAAUGCGGUAAUUUGUUGGAAAAAUUAAAAUUUUUGAUAGAAGAAACACAAGCAGGAAAACGCUUUGUUGUAAAUAUCAAUAUGCCUACGCAGUCAAGCCAGCAAUCAUUAGGUGGAUCUCCGAUAUUGUCAGGUAGUAGAAAAAAAAAGCAUCAUAACGACAAAGAGCGACAGUUAAAAGUUAACUCUGAUAAAGACUCUUCGCCAAGUCAAAUACUCCUAGAAUCAGACUUGCCAUUCAAUUAUGCAUUGGAUUGUGAAGCAACAGCUCUUGAAAGUUUACCUGGACAUAUGGAAAAAUGUAACGAUGUACAAAAUGACAUUAAUAGUGCGACAAGGCAAUUAAAUCAAUGUAGUUCUAGGAAAAGUAGUUUUGCGGAAAGCUAUCAUACAGCGGAUAGCAGAGAGAAAGUUGCAACAGUGCAUACAGGCGAUAAUAUUGAUAUUAAAAAUUUUAAUUCAAACGUGAUUAAUGACGAUAAAUGUAGAAAAAAUGACAACGCAAAAAAUACUGAUCUGAGUGAAAAAUGUACUACGGGAACAAAUACGGAAGAAUUGUUAUCUUUCUCUAAUACGGAAGUACAAACUACUCCUUGCGAAUUAAUUGAUUAUGAAUCGGAAAUUAACGACGAGCCUGUUCAAAAUCUUAGCUUGUUGACAAAGGAACUAUUAAACCGAACAGAAUUACAAGAACGUAUUGCUGAAAAUAUAAAUAAAGCAAUUCUUCCAACUGAUAUAUCUAUGAGGGAUGUUAAAGAUAUUUUUAAUGAAUCUAUUGGCUGUGAAUUGAAUACCUCGGUCGUAACAGAAUUAAAUAACGCUAUUAAAUCAAUAGUGGAGGCAACAGAAGCUGAUCCAGUAUUUGAACAAUUUCUCGAUGAAAUUAUUGGAAAAAACAUAGAAACGGAUACAAGUCCUGAUGAAGACAUCGACGUUAAAUCGACUCCUACUGAAAGAACAGAAGAAAAACGAUUCGAAAUUGAUAAUGUUAUUACUUUACCGGAACGUACAGUUGUUGAAGUUAAAUCGUCCAAUAAAAUAAGUUCAACGGAAGUACCUUUAAAACAAAGACUCCGUAGUUCUUCUAGACAACAAACAGCUAGAAUGGAAGAUGAGAUUUAUAAACAAAAGGAACAAAAUGUUCUAGAAGAUCAGAAUGCUGCUGCUAUUUUAAGUAUCAUAAAUGCUAAAAUAACAAACAUUAAACCAGAAAAUGAUAAAACGACUAAUAAUACAAAUGAUAACAAAGAAUCAGAAAAAAAAUCUCAAACAUCUAUACCUAGUACAAGUAAUACUACUGAUUUGUCCGAAAAAUGUUCUGGGCCGACAGAAAAUCAAAAAGUUGAUACUACGAAUAAAGAAACGGAACCUAAAACGAAGAAAUCAGUGGUCAAGCGACCACGACUUUCAAGAGUAAAACGAGAAGCUGAAAGUAAUACUAACAAUUCGGAACAAGAUAUUAUGACUAUGCCAACACUGAUAUUAUGUUCGAAAGAAGAAAUAUCUAAUAUUAAAACUAUAAAUCCAUCUUACUCAAUUGGAAAUGUUAAUCCUAUCGCAUCUAAUACAACUUCGCAUUUUAUUCCAAUUCUGCCUAAAAAUUGUAACAAAACUAAAGAGUCGUUAGAGACAUUAUAUGUUAGAGCUGUCAAUGUACCACAGAAAUAUGUAUUGCCAACGACAAUGCCAAAAAUACAAGAAGAUAUGAUCAACUAUUCAAAUAGUAAGGUACAAUUACCGGCAGUAGAAAAUAUUACUGAUAGUAAAGCAAGUACUACAGAAAACGUUGACAAAUCUGUACAACAAAAUACAUGUAAUCUUACUUUUCUAGAUCCAAUAGAAACAAAUAAAUUAGUGAGUAUGGAAUCGAUAACACUUUAUAGUACAGAAAAUAGUAUAAAAACAUCUUUAAAUAAUGCAGCAAUGCCUAUAAUUAACUUAGAAGAAAAUAUAACUUUAUCAGGAAUAGAACUAUCUCCUUUUUUGAAGUUUAAUUCUAAUAAGUCUAAUCAAAGUCACAAUUUGUCAGAUAUCGAUCAGAUAUUGCUUAUGGAAAAUUUUAAAACGGUAACGCAGUCUACGACAAACGAAAAUAAUGAACAGAAUAUAAUGACAUCUAAAAGAACAGAAAAUGAUGUUAUUACUAAGCAAACACCAAGAUCCUUAUUAAAACAUAGAACAAAAUCACAUAGACUUAGUUUAUCUACUCCUCGAAGAAGAAGUCAUAUAAGAGCACUUGAUUUUAGUACUCCGACUAAGUUAAUACAUUCUGCUUCUAAAUCUCAAGAUAAUGAUAACACCACAUGUACUCCAAAAUUAUUAAGAUCCAUGAAAUCAGUUCGUAGAACUUCUCUCUUUAAAUCUCCACAUUUAGGUAAUUCAUCUAUAACAGUACCAACGAUUCAAAAUACAUUAAAUAAUGCAAAAUCUAUUGAAAUACCUAUAGCAACUAGAAGUCCUGUUCCAAAACUUAUGGGAGAUUGGGAAAAAUGUAAUGGCGUAGGAGUAAUCAUAGAUGAUGUUUCUCCAUGUAAAAGCAAUGAUGAUACAACUUCUUCUAUACCAAUAAAUAAUUCGGAAGAAGCUACUAAGGUUGCAACUAAAUGUUGGGAUGCAGAUUUACGCCGGGGUUUACAAGCAAAUGAUGAAAAAUUAAUUAAAUCAACAAUAAGUAAGAAAGAAAAGAAAGUUAUUGAAGAUAAAAAUAAUAUCACAUGUAAAACUUCUAAACGUAAUAUCAUGCGUAAAACUUCUAAAAUUUCUAAAUCUGCUGUUGAUGUAAAUAAAAAACAACAUGCCAAAGAAAAAAAAGAAGAAUCAAUGGCAAGCAUGAAAGAUGCUAAAAAAAACAAAUCAGAUGAAACAUUAGAAACAAACAAAGUGUCAUCUUCUCAAAAUACUGCUUUUUCAAAUUUGUUGAAUAGUACAAACAAAGAAACAAGUGAUACUUGUAUUUUAGAAAAGGCAAAUAUAAAUACGGAUACAUGUACAACUAAAUCCACCUGUCCUGUACCUCCUGUAAUAGAUAACAAAACUAUAAGAAAUACGAACAAUAAAGAAACGACUGAGAAAAAAGUGAAGAAGUAUGUACAAUUAAAAACAUUAAAAACAAAUUUAAAAAAGUCGAGAAAAGAGACAAAUGUUAUAAAUGAUACAUCAUCUACUGCAGAAAUUAUUUCAGUAAUUGAACCUUUGAAAGUUACCGUGGAAUGCGCUAGAAAAAUUUUACCCAUAACUGAUAUAAUAGAUUUGGAAACUCCAAAAAAAUUUGAAAAUUCUUCUGGAAUACCAUCAACGCCUCGUUUAAUUAGUCCUAAUAGCAAUCUUAUUUCGUCAUAUCCUAAAAUUCACGAUGAUUCGAUCAAAAUUCGUAGUUUAAUAAAGACACCAGAGUUUCCACCCACUCCUUGUAUCACAUUGACUCCCAAACAUUGCGAAGAAAAUACUCACGAUGUUAUCAAAAAAGGAAUAUACAACGGAUGUAUAUCAUCUUAUUACAAACCAACUACAGAACAUAUAAAUUCCUGUGAUUCUGAAAAAAUGAUUAAAGUUGAUAUGAAAUUUGAUAGUAGUGGAACGACGAAACAUUUAGUUACACCAGUUACUAAUCCCAAGAUGUGCUCUGUUCAAUGCACAAAUACAGACAGUGGUUACAGUAAUAAUACGUCUAUUUCAACCAAACUUGAAAUAACGCAAUUUGAAGUAAUCAAAGAAAAUUUGCCAAAGAAUGAAGCUGUCAAAGAACUUAAAAUAUCUUCUAACACUAAAGAUACUACAACUGCUAUUUUAAACCCAACUUCUGUGCACAAUGAUGGAAAUGUUAAUAAUGUUAUACGGAAUGAUAAAAAAUCUUCUAAUAUUCAUGAAGAGUCAAUUGAUAAUAUUUAUACAUCUUCGUCUUCUUCUUCUUCAUCGUCAUCAUCGUCGUCUUCUUCUUCCUCUUCUUCUGUUAAUACUAUUACUACUAAUGAUACUUCUAAACCAACGUCGUGUAACAAAAAGUAUAAAAAAUCUUCUAAUGUAAUAUACACAGAUACGAGUAACGAUUCUUUAUCAAAAAUAGAUUUACCUACUAACAAUUCUAUGCAAGAUGUAUCUAUAAACUUGAAGAAUGAUUUGACCAAAGAAAAAGUCAUAUUAAGUGUAUCGAAUAUGCCAACUAAUUUUAUUGAAAUUGAAAAAGAAUCUAUGAAUAAUAUUAGAAUCAGAUCUGAAUCUUCUCCAGCUAAGCUAAUAUUGAUAAAUAAAAGCGAAGAGCAAUAUGAAUCUAUUUUAAAAGAUACUCCUGCCAAGGAUGAAAAUCUGUUAGCGGAAGAAGAUAUAUCUGUCACGCCUAGCAGUACCAAAGCUGGCAUAAGCAAUGUAACAAAUUUAUCAUCCAAAAUUGCAUUUAUUACCUCAGAAAAUGAAAAAUUAGUAAAAACAAAUACAUCGAUACCAGAAACUUCGAAUACGAAUAAAAUCGGACAACAUGCAAAAAUAAUCGAUAUACAAAAUGUAUCGUUUGACAAUUCAAAAUUUAUACCAUUAACAGAAUUUCGCGAUCAUCAACUCACUGAAUACCAUAUGAUACAUACAGAUGAACGCGCAAGACAAUUGGAACAAAAGCGUAAACGUAUGAUACUAAAGCUUCAGCAAAUUCCUAAAUCUAAUACAAUUUUUGCGAAAAAUAAAUCUAAAUCAAAUAUAUUAUCGAUAAAGAAAAAACUUAAUGCUGCAAAUAAAAAUAAUAAACUAAAGAUAAAGAGUGAAGGGAAAAAGAUAAAGAUGGAUGGAAAACAAUGUGAACAGAAUUUGAAUAAGAAUACCAAUAAUAGAGAAAAUACUGAUAAUCAAGUUUCCGGAAGUAAUAAUGUUACCAAUAUUCAAGAAAUAAAAAAAGAAGAAAAUGAUAAAAAAGUGUCUACUACAUUAAAUAAAUAUAAUAAGGAUAUUCAAAAUAAUAAAAAAAAUGUUUUAAUGGAAACAAAUUCUACAGUUAAUACGUUAACAUCAGUGCAAGGAAAACAAGAUGAAACAAAAAGUAAUGAAGGAGAAUAUAGUGCUGCUUGUAAUAAAUCUGAAAAUGAUGUCGUUGAAAACGAUCGGAAUUAUGAUAAAAAAAUAAAUGAACAAGAAUCGUCAAAAGAACAUCUGUCUAAUAUUAACAAAGAUAGAAAAAUUGUACAAGAUACUGAUAUAAAAGAUAAGUGUAAUAGGAAAGAUAACGAAACAAGUUUAAAAAAGCAUGUUGAAAAGGUAAACGAUAUAUUAAAGGCUAAAGUAAAUCAAGUAAAACGAGAUUUAUUUAGUGACGAUGAAAAUGACAAAAAAUGUAAAAUAUCGGAAAGUAAAAAAUUGUCAAAAGAUUCAGAAGUUCAAAAGAAAGAUAAUAAACAGAUUUCGAAUGAUAACGAAGAGAAGAAAAGUGAAAAAACUAUUCAAUCGCAAGAUCCAAAGGAGGAAUUACCUUGUGUUCUUGAAUGUUUACAAUUAGUACCAGCAAGCAAAAAUGAUAAUAGUAAAGAAAAAAAUGACAACAAUCAAUCCGAGGAAGAAGUUAAUUUAAAUACAACUGGACCUGGUUCUGUAGUAUAUCACUUUAUUUACGACGACAGUGUAUCAACUAAAAAAAGAAGAAGAAGAUAUGGUAGCAGCGACUUGAAGCAACAUGUAAAAGUUCAAUUGAGUAAUGAUAAUUAUAAAGAAAUAGUCACACAAACUUUGACAGCUACUGAUUAUCAAGAAAUAUAUAAUAUGAAUCCAAUAUCUAAGAAAAAAUCUAUCAACAAAAAGCUUAGUGUUAAAAAUAAUGAAUCGAGUAAUAUUCAUCUUAAAAACAGUAACUUUAUCUUAAAGAAUGAUUCCACGAAACCAUUGGCCACGUCUUCACCUGUAGACAAGCCUUUAGUAUCUAAAUUCAAGAAAACAACAGAUAAAAUGAAAUCGGUAAAUGAUAAAGAUAAUUUAUCAGUAAAAAUAAAAGUACAAUCUGAAAAAGAUAAAGACAAUUUAAUCAUAAAAAAUCAUAAAAGGAAAUUAUCGGAAACUAACGAAGACCCAAAGAGUGAGAAGAAACGUUUAUAUGAUCCACGAGUAUUACUAAAUAAUAUGGAUAUAGAUGAAUUUUUGACAUCUGUUCAUGGACCUACAUGAAUAUUAAAUAUGCUCUCUUGUUAUAUUCAAUGGUAUUUUUAAUA